AGGGCGAGGUACGGAGUACAAACUGCACAGAUUAGCCAGGGCACAGGGAGGGGUACAGGCAGGCCAGGAACCCACGUUGCCGGCUUCACUCCCCGAUGUCCUCGGCUCUGUCUGGCGGCGCUUGGGCUAUGCCGCGGGCGCUGUGGUGCGACGAUGGGAUAUCAACCGACGAGCUGCACUGCAUAACGUUAUUGGGGUUCUCUCACACUGCCUAUUAGGUCGAUUUUCCCGGAUAGGUUCCUUUGAGAGAAUUUGAAGGUAUCCAGAAACGAUUAUGAUAUGAUUGCAUGAGAGCGCGACAAGAUACCCUCCCCGUGGAUUGACAUUUCCGCCUAUCCCUUGCGAAUAGAUCGAAUAGACUUCCCCUACUUUCCCCCAUUAUUAAUAAUUCCUCCUCCCUGUCCUCCCAAUGGGUUCCGCAUUCCGCACAUUGUCCCCGACGGCUCUCUCCCACUUCGACACCAUCCCGUGGUGCGCUGCCCUCAUCUCCUCCCCCAACUACCACCCCACCUCCCUCCCCUCUCCCCCCGAACCUGGACGCGACUCCUUCUUCACCACCACCCUCCGCGGCCCAGAGACCAUCCGCGCCGUCUACCCCCUCCACACGCGCCCGGACCCCUCCCUCGCCGUCCCCAUCCGCGAAACCCGCAUCCUGCUCGCCGUCGGCAACCAGCUCAAUGGCCACACGCACACCGCCCACGGCGGGUUCAGCGCCGCAGUGCUGGACGAGGCUAUGGGCGCGUGGAUGACGAUUAAUCGGGAGUGGAACGAGCGAAGGGGGAGGGAGAGCGUGCCGAAGAUCGGGAUGACGUUAACGAUGACCACCACCUAUUUGCGGCCCGUCUUGACUCCGGGCGUCGUGCUGGUGACGGUGAGGUGCGAAAAGGUUGAGGGGCGGAAGUGGUGGUUGUCGAGUACGCUGGAGGAUGGGAGUGGCGCCGUGUUGGUGAAGGCGGAGGGGCUGUUUAUCAAUCCGCGCGCGUUGAUAUAGAGUGGACGACGGUCUCACUACCGGCCUCAUCGCGACUUCAUGCAGGAGGGUCAAUGGGGGAUUACACUUCCCGAGCUCUUUUGUUACCACGAUACAUCUGCAGCCUGCGUAUCCGAUUGCCCAAAGGUACAGGGGUUCUUGUUCAGACGCAUCUGCAGUUCCACACCUACCACCCGAUCAUCAGAUGGUAUCAGAAGAAACAUAGUACGGAAAUGUCAUCGGCGAAUAAGUCCCUCCAUCCGACAAGUCGAACGGCUGUCAAUACCUAUUUGUAUGCUAUUUGUAAUAUGGCCAGCAUAUGUCAAUAGGGUCAGGAUGAUCGUUCAGAUGUA